AUGCCAGACGCGAGCACACGUGCGCACGUGGCGAGCCCUACGGCGGCCUCGCUAAUCCCUGCCGCCGAUCUCCAUGAAAAUGUCCAGCCCUCGCCAGAAGACAGCGACUACAGCAGCGACGAGCCCACCACAGCAGCCGCCAGACGAAGAAAGCGCAAACAGCUCCGCAAGGAAGAACGCAAACAAGAGAAACAGAGACACGAUUCCGCCCUUCCAACGCCCACAGAUUCAGAUACCGAGAACCCGACGAACCAACCCCGCAAACCUCCUAACAAGCCCCCAAAGCAGAACCGCAAGCCUGCUACCGAACUCGACGAUUCGUCCAUAACCAUACCUGCCACAAUUUCAAUGGCGAAACCCGCCGCCCAAACUGCUUACCCCCUCCUCAUAGCCUCCAUUGGCAACCCAGGCGCAACAUAUGCCAACACACUACAUUCUGCCGGCCACAUCGUUACCUCCUCCCUCUCAGAAGCGAAGCGCUACAGCCCCUUCCAAAAGGGCCUAUCAGGCCUAGUAUCACGACCUCCGGCUACAUACAUGGCAUUCGGCUUGACCGGGUAUCGAAGAGAAGCAACGGACAAAAGCACAGAAGAUGACUGGACAUUCUGGCAAUCCACUUCAUUAAUGAACGUUAGCGGCAGUGGAGUUUUGAGGGCGUACAACGAGUGGCUACGCGGUCUACGGCAGGCUGCUGGAAAUGCGACGUUACAAGGGCGACUAGUAGUCGUCCACGAUGAACUCGAGUCUGCGCUGGGCAAAGUCACAAUCCGUGACGGUGCAGCGAGCGCAAAAGGUCACAAUGGUAUCAAAAGCUGUCAACAAAGUCUUGGAGGGACGAAGUGGUGGAGAGUAGGCGUUGGGAUAGGCAGACCGGAGAGUAGAGAUCCGAAUAUAGUGAGCAAGUACGUCCUGGGUAAGAUGACGUCGUAUCAACGGGCACAGUUGGAGAAGACGACCAUACCGGUUUACAAGGCGCUGGAGGACAUCGCAGCGGGGAAGAAGUAA